UACGCAUGUUUGACCUUGAGAUUCAGGUUCGAAGGUUCGACUUAGUUUUUCAGUGUCUAAAUUACUGGUUACAGCAUUAACUCAGUAUCCACAUAAUGGACAGUUUAAAUACAAGAAGUCUUGAUGACUAUCGUGUGAAUGCUUGUGAUGCCAUCCAAUUCAAACUAGUUAGGGACAAGGAAACUGUCGAUUCGGUAGAUACAUUCAAUCCUGAGUUCACUCAUCAAAUAUUUGGUGAAAGUGAACAGAUAUUCGGAUAUCGUGAUCUCAAAGUUGGCAUAUUUUACACAGCAGACUCUCUAUCAACAUGUAUAGAUAUUUCUUAUACAUCGAAAGUUGAUCCUCAACUCUCCAAAGGUGUUAUGCCUGAUGAUAUUAUGCAUUUAUUAUCUGAUGUUUAUCCAUAUAACAUCAAUAAGAACUUGAACGAUUUUUUGAAAAACUUUGAUGAAAAGUUUACUUUCACUCCAUAUGGGGUUAACAGAUAUAGUUAUCAAAUUAUGAAAGAUAAAUGUCCAAAAAAGUUUUCUGUUUUUUUCAUCGAGCAUGGUAUGCCUGGAUUUGAGAAAUUCCUUGAAUAUCAUAAGCGGAUGGAAUCUUUCCUUCUUUUCUUCAUAGAUGGUGCGUCUGCUAUAUCUACAGAAGAUAUUCAGUGGUGUUAUUACAUGAUUUAUGAAAAUAUUGGUCAAACAGAUGACGGAAAAGUCAAAUACGGAUUUAUUGGUUACAUGACAGUUUAUAAGUUUUAUGCUUAUCCCAAAAAUCUUCGACCACGCGUUAGCCAAGUCCUGAUCCUCCCACCUUUUAGAAACAAUGGCCAUGCUACGCAACUCUUACAAACUUUUUAUCGUGAUUUUGUACCAAUGUCGAAUGUCAUUGAUAUAGCAGUUGAAGACCCAUCGCCUGACUUUCAGCGUAUCAGAGAUUUAUUGGAUUGCAAACGGUGCUUGGAAACCCCAGAAGUAAUGCAAACUAUAACACAGUCUAAUUGUGUGAAUGGACAAAUUAUUAGUGAAAAGUCUUCUGCAAUACGCUUCCGAGAAAUUUCAAGGACAAAGUUAAAACUAAAUCGUUGUCAAAGUCGACGAGUGUAUGAAAUUCUUCGAUUGUUUUUGUUGCCUCGUACAGAUGAAUAUGUGAAGUCGUUUUCUGACGCAUUAACUAAGCGUGCCACUGCAUACUUUCAGCGGGUUCGACCAGAUGCUAUGCGAGGGUCUUCUUUGGUACCUAAAACAAGUGGUUCUUCUUCUUAUAAUCCAUUGAAAAAGGCGUUUGAUGAAGCUGCAGACGAAUAUUUUGAAAGUCAACUGCAUGAAGAAGUUUCUACCUUGUUGAAAAACUAUCAAGACAUUGUACAUAAACUUGAUCGUUUCGUUUCUUCACUUAAAAAACAGUCGUAAUUAGUGUUGUGUAAGAUGUUCCCUUGUAUUGUUUUUCCUCCUGAAAAGAGUAUUGUACCGAGAUUUUUACUCAGUAAAAAUUGUAUUUUGUU